AUGCGAGUGUUGUGUGAACUUAACCUUAAUCAAGCUUCAGUCAGUCAAGUCAAUUGAAACCACUUUAAUCAAAUCACUUACUGAGUCUUAUUUAGUCGAGCAAGGUCCGAAUAAAAUCAAAGCUGGAGUUUGAUAAGGUUCUAAGACGCGAGUGCUGCAGAUUUGCUCCCCAGUCAAACCUGUGAAUGGAAGCAUUUGAUCUUGCUGAUCAAUACUAACCCAAAUGUGCGAGAAAGGUGUGAGGAAGUUCAGUGUGGUUGAGACUGGGUGUAGUCCCAGAGUGUGUGUGUGUGUGUGUGUGUGUGUGUGUUUGUGCUGAGCGGGGCUGUUUGCUGAAUCCUCUUGGCUCUCUCUGUGCCCGCACACAGUGCUCACUGGCAGCCAGGCGGACGGGCAGGGCAGCGCGUGCCAACACAGCUGCCUAUUGAGAGGCAGCGUUACGGACACAAUGUGAGCGACAGACUUGCUGUAUCAACAGCUCCCCCUUUUCUGCUGUUGUGGCCAGAAAUAAACCAUAAAUACCCCCCCUGUCCCUGCCCUCUAAUGGCUCAACCCCACCAAACACCAAGUGGCACAGAAAAAGAGGGACACUACCACAUCCUAGCAGGCCAUAACCCAGGUAAAAAAAAAACCUCACUCUGGACACAGUCUGUGUAAUAAGUCCAAUGCAAUGGAGUUAGAUGGUGCUGCACCGAUUGGAGACACAGUGGAGGAGCAGUGGAUCAGGAGGAUGUCGGAGCAGCAGAGUGCCCCGGAGCAGCUGGCUGCAGGGAAGAGCCAGGGUGGAGCUGGAGCCACAUAUAAGGUGUUGCUGUUUGAAUUUGAGAACUUCCAGGGCUGCAAGGUGGAGUUUUCAUCAGAUUGUAAAGAUGUGACAGAGAAGGGACUGGAGAAGGUUGGAUCUGUCAUAGUUGAGUCAGGACCCUGGGCGGGUUAUGAUCGGCAUGGCUUCACAGGGGAGCAGUUUAUUCUGGAGAAGGGCGAGUAUCCACGCUGGGACACCUGGACCAACAGUCAGAACAGCUACUCCCUCUUGUCUCUAAGGCCACUCAAAGUGGACAGUGCCGAACACAAGCUACAUCUGUACGAGAACCCUGGAUUUACUGGUAGAAAGAUGGAGAUUGUUGAUGAUGAUGUGCCCAGUUUGUGGGGCCACGGUUUUCAGGAUCGUGUGGCAAGUGUCAAGGCUCUUAACGGAACAUGGGUCGGCUACAUGUAUCCAGGCUACAGGGGGCGCCAGUUUAUCUUCGAGAGGGGAGAUUUCAAGCACUGGAACGACUGGGAGGCCCCUGCACCUCAGAUCCAGUCUGUCCGACGUGUGCGGGACAUGCAGUGGCACAAGAGGGGCUGUUUCACUGUCCCCGACCCAGCUCCGGUUCCCGGCCCAGGACCCGACCCCGACCCCGCCCCAGCACCUCCUGCCACAGCUGGAGCCAGCUGAGCAGGAUCCUCACACACCUCCCGCCCCCUCCCUCCCACAGCCUCACCCCACACUGCCGACAGUGCCUGCCCUCUGCCUUUACCUGACCAUGGCAAACACUGCUUGUGCCCAAAGAGGAGUGCCAUGUAUACGUUUCAGUGGCGAAUAAAAGUUGUUUGACCUGGAGUUGGCCCCUUUUUGUUGGUGAUGUCAUAAGUCAAGAUGGAAAAUGGCUUUAACUGAAAUAGUAAAGAUUUGGAAAAACACUGUCAGAGAUGUAAAACUGACAUUUAUGUGGAAAUAAUGUAGCCUACAUUUGGCAGAUAUUUUUCCUCAAGAUAAACUGCAGAUGUGUUUCGAAUUAAAUUCAUUUUUGAGUCAUGUUUUGCCACUUUUGCUGCUUGUGUUUUCCCAUUUUAGUGAGACAGCUGAAAGCCUCAUCCAGCUUUAGGAGCACAUGCAGUGAAUAUGUGGAUAUACGCAUCUGCUUAACAGCAAUGGAAGUGAUGUCAUACUUUAUGUAUGCUUGCUUAUUAAAACAGAGUGCACUGCAUUCCCUUCCAUAGUCGUCAUUUGUGCAUUUGAUGGUUGAUGAGCCUC